AUGGGCAAGCUACUCAUCUGCGUCGGACUGGCACUCCUGCUGCAUGUGCAGCUAGGAACAUCCUACAUCCUCUCCUGUUAUUUCACUAACUGGGGACAGUACCGUCCCGGAGCAGGAAAGUAUUUCCCCACCAACGUUGACCCAUGUCUCUGUGACCAUCUCAUCUAUGCCUUUGCUGGAAUGGACAACAACAUGAUCAAGACCUAUGAGUGGGAUGAUGUGAAACUCUAUGGAGAGUUCCAGGCCCUAAAGAACCAGAACAGCAAUCUGAAGACUCUGCUGGCCAUUGGAGGAUGGAACUUUGGUACUCAGAAGUUCACAGCUAUGGUUUCCAGUGCUGCCAAUCGUCAGACCUUCAUCAACAGCGUGAUCACAUUCCUGCGUCAGUAUGAGUUUGAUGGUCUGGACAUCGACUGGGAGUACCCUGGUUCUCGUGGCUCCCCACCUGAGGACAAGGAGCGUUACACUGUCCUGGUCCAGGAGUUGAUGAGCGCCUUUGAGGCUGAGGGCAAGAAGACCAACCGUCCUCGUCUGAUGCUGACUGCUGCUGUCUCUGCUGGAAAGGGAACCAUUGACGCCGGAUACCAGAUCGCCCAGAUUGGAGCUGUGCUGGACUACUUCCACGUCAUGACCUACGACUUCCAUGGUUCUUGGGAGCACAACGUUGGAGAGAACAGCCCUCUGUACAAGGGCCCCGCUGACCAGGGAUCCAUGAUCUACUUCAAUGUGGACUAUGCUAUGAACUACUGGAAGAGCAACGGUGCCCCAGCUGAGAAGCUGCUGGUUGGUUUCCCCACCUAUGGCCACACCUUCCGUCUGGCUUCCUCUAACACAGCUGUGGGAGCUCCCGCCAGUGGACCUGGACCUGCUGGAACUUUCACCCGACAGGCUGGCUUCUGGGCCUACUAUGAGAUCUGCACUUUCCUGAAGCAAGGAGCCACCCAGGCUUGGGAUGCCCCCCAGGAUGUGCCAUAUGCCUACAACCAGGGAACCUGGGUUGGAUAUGACAAUGUUAAGAGCUUCCAGAUUAAGAUUCAGUGGUUGAAACAGAGCGGUUUUGGUGGAGCCAUGGUGUGGAGUCUGGAUCUGGAUGACUUCAGUGGCACUUUCUGUGGCCAGGGAAGAUACCCUCUGAUCAACACUCUCAAGAAGUGUUUCCAUUUUAUAACUUUACUUUCAUUUCUCUCCUCAGCUUGCAGUGCUCGCCCUGAUCCCCUGCCUCCAAUCAAACCAACCCAGUAUGCUCCUCCCCAGCCUAGUGGUGGUGGUAGCAGCAGUGGUGGCAGCAGCAGCAGCGGUGGCAGCAGCACAGGAUCUGGCUUCUGCGCUGGAAAGUCUAACGGACUCUACCCAGACCCAACUAACAAGAACCACUUCUAUGAGUGCAACCAGGGCGAAACCUACACCCAGCACUGCGCUAAUGGCCUUGUGUUCGAUAACAGCUGCAAGUGCUGCAACUGGGCUUAA